GCAACUUCUUUUUCUCUAUUUAUUAUUUUUAUUUUUAUUUUCGCGCUUUGAAUUCAACAAACGCUUAUAUAUUUUUCAUUCAUACAUACAUACAUCAACAAUCAAUGUCAGGGCUCUCGAGCUACUUGUUUUCGACACUUUCAAAAGUCGGUGGAAUUGGCGGUGGCAGCAUUCCCGACUUUCAUUACACAGUUGGUGACAAAGUUGAGGAGUACGCAGGCCAGAGCAUUUGGCAAUUACAUCGCGGACAAAAGAAUGACAGCAGUAAGCAAGAAGCGUCCAUCUUUGUGUUCGACAAGACCCGUGGAAGCAGCUACACAGCUGUAGCGCAAAACGGACUCAAGCGCAUGCGGACGCUCAGACACCCCGGGAUCCUGCGCUACCUCGAGGGAGCGGAAACAUCCGAUACAAUCUACAUUGCCACAGAGCCAGUAACCCCCUUGUCGCUGGAGUCCAGCAAUGACGAUGGGCUGAGACGCUGGGGGUUUUACAAAAUUGCAGAGACGCUCAAGUUCGUCAACGAGGACUGCAAGCUGAUACACGCUAAUCUCUGCGUGGCAUCGGUUUUCGUCACGCGUGCGGGCGAGUGGAAGCUGGGCGGACUCGAGUUGGUUGAUGCUGCGGCAGCUGGUGAUGGGCGGCAGGUGUACAGGCACUAUACGAGUGUUAUUCCGGGAUACUCCCUGCGCAUGGCGCCAGAGUUUGAGAGCCAAAAGUGGGACGCUGUGGAAAGGGGCAAGCUUGGUGCCGUGGAUGGCUGGUCCCUGGCCUGCCUUGUGUACCAGGUGUUCAACGGCGAGCUGCGGUCGUCCUCGCAGAUGUCCUCGCAGGGUCGGAUUCCACAGACCCUGUGGCCGCUGUAUCAGCGGCUCUUGCCGGCGGAUUUGCGCCGACGCAUGACUCCUGGCGAGUUUCUGCAGGCGGCCACACAGCCCGGCGCCUUCCUGGACUCAGACUUUGUGCGCACCAGCUUGUUCCUCGAAAACAUCUCCGUCAAGGAGGAGGACGAGAAAAUCGAGUUUUUCUCCGGUUUGCAUUCGCUGAUUGCAGAGUUUCCGCAGACAUUUGCGAAAUACAAGAUUUUGCCCGAGCUGCUCAAGGUCAUGGAAUUUGGCGGCGGUGACGCCAAAGUGCUCAGCGGUAUUAUCAAUAUAGGAAAAGCACUGGAUGAAGCAGAGUACGCUGAGCUCGUUAUUCCGUCGAUAGUGCAGUUGUUUGGCUCUAAUGACCGCGCUCUUAGGUUCAGUCUACUGGAACACAUGGAUAGCUUUAUUCCGGCGGUGCCGGCGGCUGUGGUCGGCAAGCAGGUGUUCCCUAAUUUUGCCACCGGGUUUCUCGACGCCGCGCCGGCUAUCCGCGAGGCCACUGUCAAGGCAUCUUUGGCGGUUGCGCCCAAACUUGCCAACAAAACACUCAACGGUGACCUGAUCCGCCAGCUCGUCCGACUAGUUGGAGACCCCGAGCCAGGGAUCCGGACAAACACGCUGAUCUGCAUUGGCAAGCUGUGCACAGCCAAGGAGGGUGUUUUGGACCUGGAUGCUGGCGGCAUCAACGAAUCCUCGCAUCGGUACAUUAUUUGCCCCGCACUUCUCCAUGCAUUGCGCGAUCCGUUCCCGCCUGUCAGAUCUGCAGCACUGGCCGUGGCAAGUGCGUGUGCGCCGCGCUGGGAGGCCGUGGAUAUUGCUCGCCGGGUCAUUCCCAUUCUGGCACCACUACUCGUUGACGGCGAGAAGCCCGUGCGUGUGGCUGCGCUCAGAGCCAUGCAGGCGAUGAUUGCCCGCGUCGAGGCACAUUCGCAAACAAUGCCAACGACGUCGGCUGCGCCCAAGACCACCCCAACUACGGAUCUUUCGAGUGCAGCUGGGAGUAAAGUGCCGGUUGCUGCAGCAGAUAUGGCUGCAGCAAGCAUGGCUGCGGCAUCCGGGUGGGGCGGAUGGGCUGUGUCGUCUCUUUCGAGCACACUCAGUGGUGCAAUCUCCCUUGCCUCCUCAUCUGCCACUUCCCCGUCAGUGGCUACGACGGCAGCGCAUCAACAGGCCAUGUCUGCGCCGCCGGAUAUCAAAAAUCCUUUGAGGAUAGGAAACCCGCCUGUGGUUAAUCCUACAACAGCGAGUAGCCCUGCUGCUGGAGUGCCGGCGGCUGCGGCUCGUAAGUUAUCUGGAGUCCCGGCGGCUCAGGAAGCACCCAAUAGCAGCAGUGGCAACGAUGCGACUGGGUGGGGGUUCGACGACGACGGAUGGGGCGACGGCAUGGACGAUGCUGACGAUGCAUGGGGCAACAACGACGAUGACGCCUGGGACAAUGGCCAGACAACUACGGUAGCAGCAGCACCAUCACCUCCGCUGCCACCGCCUGCUACAACCAUGAGCAACAUCAGCAAAAUUUCUGGAGGCAUGACUAUGGCCAACACAUUAACCUCCGCGUCAUUCGGCUCUACUGCCGCGCCUAUUGCAAAGAUCACCACGAAACCGCCCAAUCUAAGGAUGGCAGCGCCAAAUAAGCCCAAUGUCUCUCCUGCAGCUUCCACCACAACCGGGCUUCCCCGGCGCAAGGGUCUGGGCGCGAUGAAGCUGGGCGGUAAUGCCAAGAAACCUGCUAUUUUGGACGAAGAUUUGUUCUAAUCUUGAUUUGUUAUUUGUUACUUUUAAAAUUUGAAGAAACAAAAUCUA